CCCUUCUCUCUCUCUCUCUCUCUCUCUCUCUCUCUCUCUGUUCUAUGUGCCGAAAACACCAAGAAUUUGACUGCACAAAACACAAGCAAAUCUUAUCUCAUUCUCUGUUUCAGAAACUAAAAAAAGUUGAAAGAAGGAGAAGAGAGAUCAAAUGGGAAAUGAAUACAAUCGCUUCCACCACCAUCAUCAUCAACAUCACAAUCUGCAAAUGCAUCACAGAAGCACAUUCUUACCCAUGUUGUGUUCAAGGCCAUCCAUCAAAGAUGUAAGCCUCCCCAACUGCUCUGCUUCCUUCAAAGAAGACCCUUUGUCCCCAAGAAUCAGCUGCAUGGGCCAAGUCAAGAGAGGCAACAAAGUUAAUGGCUUUCCAACCUCUCACAGGCUCACCAUCAUCAAUUCCAAGCAUAACAACAGCCCCAACAACCACCACCACCACAACAACAACAAUUUCAAGUAUUCAAAGCUCAAAAAACUCUUCUCUAGCAAAAGCCUCACUCCUACCACUACAACAACUAUCACCACAACCACCAAAACAAACACCAGAUGUAGAAUACAACAAGUGGUUGUGAAUGCUUCAAGUGGGCCCAGGAUCAAUGGUCAAGAUCAUCAUCAUCUUUGUGUUCCAGAUAUUAACAUAGUGGAUUUGGAUCCUCCUCUGCCUGUGAUCAAGAGGGUGCACAAGAAGCCUGAGGCCCAAGAGGAAGAGGUGGGCAGCCUUUGGAAGAGGAGAUCCGGUGGGGCUGCAUUGGAAGGUUUGCAGCUUAAACUAACCCACCAUCCAAGACAUCAAAAUCAACCCACUACUGUCUGAUGAUGGGUAAAAGAAAAGAAAACCAAAAGGGGAGUGAAGAAAGUAGCUGUACAUGUUUUGCUUUUGGAUCCCAAUUUUGGAUAUUGUUUGAUUCACGUUCACUUUGCCAAAUGACAUAAUUGAGACUGGUAGCUUAUUGUUGUUA